AUGGCAGGUCUUCAGGAGCUCCUGCGGGACUCGGUGGCACAGGCCGAGCUGUGCACCGUGGUGCAUCCCUUCCCUGUGGACUGCUACAAGGGCCUACCCUGGCUGCCACCUGCCUCUGUCCUACUGGAGGCCGCCAUCAAUGAGGAGAAAUUUGCUUGUGUGGAGGCUGAGUUGCACCAGCUGCUGCUAGCUUCGGGCCGUGCCCACGUGGUCUGGACCACGGACAUCUAUGGUCGCCUGGCUGCAGACUACUUCAGUUUGUGA